AGCCCCGCCGCAGCGGCAGUGCCUUCCCCUCGCAGGCGGCGGACAGCGGUGGGGAGGUGUGGGAGGGUCCAGCUUUCCCCCCAACACACACCCCUCCAACUUUACCUCCUCUUCCCCCGCUGCUGGGUAGACGCGGCCGGAGGGGAGAAAGGGCGGCCCGGAGACGCGGAGCCUCGGGGGAGGAGGAGGUAGGGAGCAUCUCCGAGCUGCUGCUCCCUGCCCGGCAGACGCGGAGAGGGGGAAAACUGCCGGCUGCGCGCCCGGCCCCGAGCUUCGAGGGGUGGGGGCUAAAAACUAGGAAAGGACCUGAGCUGGGACCUCCCAGCCGGAGAGCGGGCGUCGGGGGGAGCGACAUCCCGGGGAGAGUCCCCCUCCUUCGCUUCCCGGAGCUGCUGCCCGCCGCCGCCCCAGGAUGUGGGUGCCGCUACUGCUGCUGCUGCCCGAGCUGCUCCCCGCUGUGCCGGCCCAGAAGCUCUCCGCACUCACGUUUUUGAGGGUGGAUCAAGACAAAGACAGAGAAUGCAGCCUGGACUGUGCAGGUUCUCCUCAAAAAUCACUUUGUGCAUCUGAUGGAAGAACUUUUUUGUCCCGGUGUGAAUUUCAACGAGCAAAAUGCAAAGAUCCUCAGCUGGAAAUUGCCUAUCGGGGCAACUGCAAAGAUGUUUCCAGAUGUGUGGCUGAGAGGAAGUACACCCAAGAACAAGCUCGAAAAGAAUUUCAACAAGUGUUUAUUCCAGAAUGCAAUGAUGAUGGCACAUAUAGUCAGGUUCAGUGCCACAGUUACACUGGAUACUGCUGGUGUGUCACUCCCAAUGGUCGUCCAAUCAGUGGUACUGCUGUGGCCCACAAAACUCCUCGGUGCCCAGGCUCAGUGAGUGAGAAACUGCCACAAAGAGAAGGUGCAGGAAAAGCAGAUGAUGCCUCAGCUCCUGCGCUGGAGACUCAGCCUCAAGGUGAUGAAGAAGAUAUAGCUUCUCGUUACCCUACAUUAUGGACUGAGCAAGUAAAGAGCAGACAAAACAAAACCAAUAAAAGCUCAGCAUCAUCGUGUGAUCAAGAACUGCAGUCAGCCCUGGAGGAAGCUAAACAACCCCAGAAAGAUAAUGUGUUCAUUCCAGAAUGCGCUCAGGGCGGUCUUUACAAACCAGUGCAGUGCCAUCCUUCCACAGGCUACUGCUGGUGUGUUCUCGUUGAUACGGGACGUCCUAUCCCUGGUACAUCAACAAGGUAUGAACAACCUAAAUGUGAUAACAGUGCCAGAGCUCACCCAACCAAAACAAAGGAUUUGUACAAAGGACGACAGCUUCAAGGUUGUCCUGGGGCCAAGAAGAAUGAGUUCCUGACAAGUGUUUUGGAUGCACUGUCCACAGAUAUGGUUCAUGCAGUCUCUGAUCCAUCGUUGUCUUCCAGCCGAGUUUCAGAACCUGAUCCAAAUCACACUCUGGAGGAGAGAGUGGUCCACUGGUACUUCAAACAACUAGAUAAAAAUUCCAGUGGUGACAUUGGAAAGAAAGAGAUCAAGCCAUUUAAAAGGUUCCUAAGAAAGAAGUCAAAGCCCAAAAAAUGCGUGAAGAAAUUUGUGGAAUACUGUGAUGUGAACAACGAUAAGUCCUUGUCAGUUCAAGAAUUAAUGGGCUGCCUGGGAGUAACAAAAGAAGAAGGUAAAGCAGAAACAAAGAAACGCCAUACGGCCCCUAAAACCAAUACUGAGAGCACUUCAUCCAGCAGGCAGCAAGUUUCCAAGAAGCAAGGGUGAGCGGCUAACUGAUCCAAGGCAGAACUCUUUGACAUGUGGGAGAUUUCCUCACCAAAAGGCAAUAAAAACAACUGUAGUAUUUGCACUUUGUACUUAAAAAUGUAAAUUCACUUUGUAGAAAUGAAAUAUUUAAACAGACUUGUUGUAAUCUGUGAAAAUGUAAUAGCUGGUUUUGAAAAAUUAUCACAUACAAUGUAUGUGCAUUGUUUUGUUGUCUGAAAUAUGUAAAACGUGUCGGAGAUGUAAAAGUUUGCAUUUAAACAUUUUUCUUUUUUCUUUUGUUUUUUAAUAGCUCUUUGGCAAAUUUUAGCAAAGAAACCUGUUUCUAUGUAUUUUGGUUUCAAUAGUAUGCCUUGUUUUUCUUACCAAUACUGUCAUUUAAGUAGAGUUAUGCUGAAAAGUCUACUGUAUUCUCAAUUAUGUCCAAGAAAUGUUGGAUGUUAAUGUUUCUAAGAUUGAGGGAAGUCUGUAAAUUGCUGUUGAUUUGUUCUUGCAGUUUUUAACUGAACACAUUUUUCAUCAGUGGCAAUAUUUUUUCAUUGUGUUUUUAUUAUUAUGCUUCCCAAAAAUCAUACAAUGAGAACACAACCACUACAGGAUUCAAAAGUUAUUUUACAGUCGGGAUUCUGUUAGAAAAAUAUGUCCUUCCAUCAGUUUUUGAGGCGCCUUCUAUUAUAAGUUGUGGUAGGAGUUUUCCUCAUAGGAGUAAGGUGGAUAUUAGUGUAACUCCAGCCUGGUUUAACCUGAGCCUAAAAGCAUGAUCCUGCAGUAAGCACAAAGCGGGAGAGGUGUCUGUAUGAGUCAGAACUGUAUAUCUAACUAUGAAGAGACAGGGAAUGCUAAAUAGAUUUGUCAGCCUUUUCUUCUCCUACACCUGGCUGCCCCCAUUUGCCUUGGGGGUCUACCAGAGCUAAAGCUGAACAAAUUAUGAACAGUUUCCAUAAGGAGGGACUAUUCACCACACCUGCCUGAACUUUCUCCUUGCUGUCUGAAAGAAGUUCUUACAAGCUUUCAUGCCUUCUCUGUCAUUCCCCCCCCCCCCACAACAUUUAUUGUAUGUGUGUUUGAGUGCAGUAAGAACUUGUGAUGUGAAUUUAGAUCAGGAGACUCGUGUAAAUAAAGAUUCAGCUCUUGAACAGUUGCAAAUUACAAGCAGCUGGGUUGAUUGAUGUGGUGGCAGAUGGACUGCUGGCAUCUAGGAACUGUCAUGAAAAGUCAGGAAUGUUGCAACAAGCUGUGAUUUCAUUCUGUCUUGUUUAAAUAAUGUGUGAGAUUUGACAUGAGACUAGCUAAUCCUAAUAGCACCCUGGCUUGAUCUUGUACCAGAAUAAGCUUUGUUGCAAAUAAAAAUGUUUCAUUUUAUUUCAACAUAAGGAUAUAUGCUGAAGUCAUAGGAAACACUGUAUACAGUGAAACCAUACCCCAGAAAACAUGUACUCUAAGCUCUGUCAACAAGAGGAACCAAGAUGCAACUGUGUGUUAUCUUGUAUUUUUGUUUUUAAAAGUAUUUGUUAUUCUUUUAUAAUGUUAAACUUUGAAUUUAAUCUUCUUUAUAGAUUAAAGCUCAAUAUGCUAUCAAACUA